AUGCCGUCAACUUCUGCUAUCGCAAUACUCCUGGCUCUUUGCGCUAAUCGCGCAUCUGGCUGGGUCAUCGGAAAAGAACAGACAGAGACCCACCCGAGGAUGACCUGGCAGCGCUGCACAGGCAAAGGCGGUAGCAGCUGCACCAACGUCAACGGAGAAAUCGUGAUCGACGCUAACUGGCGCUGGCUCCAUUCCGUUGGAGGCUACACCAACUGCUUCGAUGGAAAUGAGUGGAACGCCACGGCGUGUCCAGACAAUGCGGCCUGUACUAAGAACUGUGCAAUCGAAGGCUCAGAUUACCGUGGUACCUAUGGUAUCACAACCUCUGGCAACUCUCUCACACUCAAGUUCAUCACCAAGGGCCAGUACUCCACCAACAUUGGAUCACGCACUUAUCUCAUGAAGGAUGCAAACAACUAUGAGAUGUUUAAUCUUAUCGGGAAUGAAUUUACCUUUGAUGUAGAUCUCUCACAGCUGCCAUGCGGCCUCAACGGAGCCUUGUACUUUGUCUCCAUGCCCCAGAAGGGUCAUGGAACACCUGGAGCGAAGUAUGGGACUGGGUACUGCGACGCUCAAUGCGCUCGAGACCUCAAGUACAUCGACGGCCAAGCCAACGCAGAAGGUUGGCAAGCAUCCCAGUCUGAUCCCAACGCUGGGAUUGGUAAGAAGGGUGCAUGCUGCACCGAGAUGGAUAUUUGGGAGGCAAACUCCAUCUCCACGGCUUUGACCCCGCAUUCUUGUCAGCCUGAAGGCUACUCAGUCUGUACAGAUGAUAAUUGUGGCGGCACAUACUCACUUGAUCGCUACGCCGGCACCUGCGAUGCGAAUGGCUGUGACUUCAACCCAUACCGCGUUGGCGUAAAGGACUUCUAUGGCAAGGGCAAAUCCGGCGUGGAUACGUCGAAGAAGAUGACAGUGGUCACCCAGUUCUUGGGGUCAGGCCAACUCACCGAGAUCAAGCGCUUCUAUGUGCAGAAUGGCAAGGUCAUCAGCAACCCUGAGCCGACAAUUCCCGGCAUGAAAGGUAACUCAAUCACCCAAGAAUGGUGCAACACGCAGAAGGAAGUUUUCCAGGAGGAGAUCUACCCCUUCAACGAGUUCGGCGGUAUGGCAUCCAUGGGUAGGGGCAUGAACUUGGGCAUGGUACUCGUUAUGAGUCUCUGGGACGAUCACUACGCCAACAUGCUCUGGCUGGACAGCAACUAUCCUACUGACCAGGACCCGGAAAAGCCUGGCAUUGCGCGCGGCGAAUGCGCCACCAGCAGUGGUGUGCCAGCCGAAGUGGAAAGCGCCAACCCCAACGCACAAGUGGUCUUCUCGAACAUCAAGUUCGGACCCAUCGGAAGCACCUUUGCGCAGCCUGCAUAG